AUGCUCUCACUAACAGAACUCAGAUACCUCGCCGAUGUCCAGUCCUCGUAUCACAUACUGAAACCCUGGUGGGAAGUCUUCUGGCACUAUCUCAGCCUGAUUAUGUUGGUGGUUGCUGUGGUGACCGGAACUCUUCAGAUCACUGCAGAUAAUCUCUUGUGCUGUCUUCCUUGUCAAGUAGAACUCGAAGACAGCUGUGUGCUCUCUGAGCGCCCGAUUGAACGCAACUUCACACCUUCAACCAACCUGACGUCGCCGAAGGGUGUCCGGACCAACCUUCAUAGGCAGCAAUACCUCUACAUCAGCGCUGUGUGCUAUGAGAAUGAGCUCCACUGGUUUCCCAAAUAUUUCCCCUACCUGGUCCUCUUGCACAGCCUCAUUUUCGCUGCGUGCGGUAACUUCUGGCUCCAGUACCCCAGUACUAGUUCCAGACUUGAGCAUUUUGUCUCCAUCCUGUACACGUGCUUCGAUUCUCCCUGGACCACUCGAGCCCUUUCGGAAACUGCAGCUGAACAGAGGUUCCCUUUCACCAAGACCGACGAUUUCCUUUCUCGGUUUGGGCUAAAUAAAAACGUCAACACUAGCAAGCAUGCCUUUUUCUUUAAGCAGCCGGGUGUGGACUCGGGUAUAGCGAGCUCAGCGUCCAGUGUGCUGGGCAAAAGAGAAGGGGAGCAAGCUAAAGCCAUCUUUGAAAAAGUCAAAAGAUUCAGACUGCACGUGGAGCAGAGCGAUGUCAUCUAUAGAGUAUAUAUAAGGCAGAUAAUAAUUCAAGUAAUUGUAUUUGUCAUUAUCAUUGCUUAUGUCCCAUAUUUUUUGACCUAUAUCACCCUAGAAAUUGACUGCCCGGUUGACCUGCAGGCCUUUACGGGAUAUAAUCGCUACCACUGCGUCUAUUCCUUAGCGGAAUUAUUUCAGGUAAUCGCUUCGUUUUAUGUGAUUUUGGUUCUAAUCUACGGCCUCACCAGUUCUUACAGCCUGUGGUGGAUACUGAGGUCUUCCCUUAAGGAAUACUCCUUUGAGUCAAAAGAGAAGAGUCACUACAGUGACAUCCCAGAUGUCAAGAACGAUUUCGCUUUCAUCCUUCACCUAGCAGACCAGCACGAUCCACUCUACUCUCAGCGCUUCUCCAUAUUUCUCUCGGAAGUGAGUGAAAACAAGCUGAAUCAGAUCAACCUCAAUAAUCAAUGGACGAUGGAGAAGCUCAAGAAUAAGCUGGUGAGAAAUUCUGAGGACAAGGUGGAGCUACAUCUCUUUAUGUUUAGCGGGCUCCCAGACGGCAUCUUUGAACUGACGGAGAUAGAGGUGCUCACCCUGGAGCUGAUGCCCGAGGUCAAACUGCCAACCUCUAUCUCUCAGCUAGUGAAUCUCAAAGAGCUGAAUCUUUACUCUUCCAACCUUGUGGUUGACCGCAGAGUUCUAAACUUCUUGAAGGAGAAUUUGAAAAUAUUACGUCUGAAAUUUUCCGAAAGGUGGAAGGUGCCCCGUUGGAUAUUUCACCUAAAAAGCCUUAGGGAACUUUAUUUUUCUGGCUACAUCAUUUCUGAGACCUUGACAAGCUCUGUCCAGAGUGAGGGCUUUCAAGACCUCAAGAACCUGAAGACACUUUGCAUAAAGAGUACUCUCACUCGGAUCCCACUAGUGAUCACUGAAAUGCUUCCAGGACUGCACAGGUUGGCCAUUGAUAACGGGGGCUACAAACUUGCUGUGUUGCAUUGUCUGAAAAAGAUGAUUCAUUUGAAAAUCCUGGAACUUAACUAUUGUGAUCUUGAUCGUAUUCCUCACACUCUUUUCAGCCUUGUCAAUCUGCAUGAAUUAGACUUAAAAGAAAACAAUAUCAAAGCCAUUGAAGAAGUCUGCUUCCAAUAUUUCCAGAGAAUUUUGUCCUUAAAGUUGUGGCACAACUACAUUGUCAGCAUUCCCACCCAGAUUGGCAGCCUCUCCAACCUAGAGCAGCUCUACCUGGACCACAACAAGAUCGAGAAUCUGCCUCUGCAGCUGUUUCUCUGCACCAAACUGACGCACUUGGAUGUCAGCUAUAACAACCUGACUGUCAUUCCAGAGGAGAUCCAGUUUCUGACGAACCUGCUAUAUUUUGCAGCGACAAAGAACUUUAUUGAAACACUGCCAGAUGGAUUGUUCCGGUGCAAAAAACUGCAGACCCUACUCUUGGGGAGGAAUAGUCUGAAUACUCUGUCUCCCCUCAUAGGAGAAUUGACGAAUCUGGUGCAGUUGGAGCUCAUUGGAAACUACCUGGAUAUCCUCCCCCACGAGCUGGAAGCUUGCCCAUCCCUGAAGCGGAGCUGUGUGCUUGUGGAAGAAAACCUCCUCAACACCCUGUCUCCUGUCAUUAUAGAACGGUUGCAGGUGCUUGGAUAA